CUUUGGCGAAAGUGUUGUUUAAUUAUUUCCCGACUUUCCAGGAACUCUUAAAUAUUUUUUAUGAAUUUAGUUUUACCCUCGUGCAGCUAGGAACCCAUUCUGUUCCACCGGUUCUAUGCCACUGGCAGGCUUUUGCUGUCCGCUGUCAAUCUGUGACCGCCUGCCACCCUUCAAGCAGGUAUUACUGUCGCCUGCCAUGCCGCUCUUCAACAAGAAGUUCGAGUCGAAGCCCAUUCCCGUGCGCCAGGGUCGCUGCAAUAUCGGUCAUCCUGUGGCCACCGAGGAGCUGGACGACUUCCGACAGAUAUCCCUGACGCUGGGCAACAAGGAGCUGCGUUUCGCGGACGGCAUCUGGAUGCACUCGUCCCGGAAGGGCGAUGUGGACGACAUGCUCAGGCUGAACAAGAAGUUCCGUGCCCUCGAGGAGGAGAACAAUAUGUGCAACCUGAAAAUCGAGGUUAUGCUGGACCUCCUGGCGGAGCAUGCCACCGAGCUUGGUGAACUGAAGCCCAAGGAGAAGUAGUACGAGUACUUUCAAGGAGACUUGUCUGCGAUAUCAAAAGAGAAACGUAUAGAACACUCCAUUUUUUCCCAAUUAGGAACAUAUGUAAUAUUUCUUUAAAAAUAAUGAAAUUACAUUUUUGAUCUCAUCUUA